GAUUCAUCAAUUCUAAUGCCAUUUGUGAGCCGCAAGAGGUUCGCAUUUAGGCAAGUUUACGCCGAUCAUCUAAGCCAAGACAAGGCUUGUCUUACGACAAUAAACGUCCUCUUAGCCAAGACAAGGCUCGACUUGACACAAGUAAACGCCGUUUUACCUGUCGUGGCCAUAAAAGUAAGAAAAAGGCCCAUGUUUCCCCUCAACUUUGAAGCGCAGCCAGACAUCGAUGUCCUGGAGUCAAGUCAAAUCAUUUUUACUUGUGUAGGUCUUUCCAGCGCCAAGGUGUCGUAUAGCGCUUUUAUCGACAAGCUCAGGAUCUUCGGAGGUCCCAUUCAGUUUUCCUCGCUUCAAAUAAACCGUGGCGCAAUAUCUAACCCGAACUUCACUCCAAUCUCCCGAAAGAAGUCCUAUACAAUCCCUGGAGCUAAGUUUGCCACAAAAGCACCUUUUGGAAUGGCGAAGUGCGAGAAAUAGUGUGUAUAAUGUGAGGCAAAAGAGAAGUGGAUUCAUGGUGUCACCCUUAACGAAACCUCUCUGAAACGUGACGUUGUUAAUUGUUAAACUACGUUUUCCAGAUAAGAUCGUAAAUAUGAUUUUCAACAGACAGAUUACAAAUAUAUGGGCGGUUGAAUCGAAAGCUUUCCGGUAACCAAUCCAGGCCAUCGCUAGAUGGUUCUGACAGGAUGCUUCUGUAGGGACUAAUUUCCCACAUCCGCGCUUGGCGAGUUUCCAAGUCUGUUUCCAACGUCUGUUUGAGUGAAACUUGUGUGUCACCCAUCUUUCAUCCUUCACAAUCCUGCUAGUAGGUGCACAAACAAGCAUGAAGUCAGAUACAAAUAGUUAACAUCAUCAUACCAUUACCUACAACUGGUGACCCCGACGAGGCUUCACAUUUCUCCAUCUCGUGAACUCGAUGAAGAAAAUGGACGCCUGAGACUACGUUGGAGUCGGCACACACGAACUUUCUAGAUAAUUCCGGCAUGGCGACCAGUACCAAUCUCUCAUCUAGGCCACCAAAUCAACUUCCUGGGACCAGCAUUCCAAAUUCUCACGACUAAACGCUGGGGAAAAUUCCCUAAUUUCUGGAGGGACGCUGUCACUCGACGCCAAGACCAGAUUUCACGUCUAAGUGAUUUCUCCUUCAACAAUCAUCGCAGUCCUGCACUUCGUCUUACAAGUAAUUUAAUCGGUAACUUCUCUUCUUCUUUUCUUUAUUUUAAAAAGUGUAAGCUAUAUUUGGCGGUUUUUUCUACAAAUUCCCUUAUGUAACGCUACCCACGCUCCGGAAGGGCAGUCGCGUACCGCAGCGAAAUUUUACCGCGAAAAUUUUUUCAUAAUUUUGAUCAAGUCUUGUCCAGUGUUACUGUUAAGAAAUCCUGUGUUUCUUGGAUUUUCUUUUAUUAGGACAAACGUAAUGUUUUUUAUAUAUAAGACACCGCUUUCAGAAAUUCUUUUUCUUUCUAAAAUGUAGCCUAUUUUAAAGAAAAUUGGAUUCCGCGAACAACUUAAUUCAUUUUUAACACUUCACAUGCAUAGUUAUUAGCAAUUAUGCCUUUUUUUAUAUCCGUCAAUUCUCGACAAGAAUAAAAAUAAAAAUUCAAUCGACGCAUUUCGAUGUGCGGCAUGUUGUCACUAUUUUUUGUGCCUAAGCUUGUCAUUUUUGCAGUAAUUUCAUUUUUUUCGUGUAUGUUGUGCUUCGAUCAGCACAAUGCCUCUUGACAAUGCGGGCGCAGAGCCCGCCUCGAGGAUAACGUCAUGCAGAUCCUUCAGCGACUUGCCGUCAUCCGGGACAAUCGCAUCGAGUCAUUUUCCACGAAAAUUUCACCAUUUUUGCGCGAUGAUCCGACUUCUUUUUUCAUCGCGGUCGAG